AUGGCGGCUUGUGCUCCAGUUAUUGGAGUGGUUGUUGUACCUGAAUGUCCUCCUGAGGUGAAGCCUGUAGUAGGUCAGAAAUUCCAAUCAUUGGAUUUUGCUUUCGCUUUCUACGACGUGUAUGCCCGCGCAGUUGGCUUUGAUACGCGGAAACAAGCUAUGAGGAAGGUUGAAGAUGUCACCAUCUGGUAUCAAGUUGUAUGCAAUAGGGAAGGAAGGAAGAAGGGCGAAGCGGAUGACCAGUUGAAUGCCCGUUCUGGUUUCACAAUCAAGCGUAGGAAGUUAUCUAAGCGGAGUUCAAUGAACCAUCCUAUGGUUGAGACGGAACAUCAGAGAUUCAUGUCAAGUAAUCGCAAGUUGGAUGAUGUACAUCACAAAUUUAUUCUAGACUGUUCAAGGGCGAAUAUAGGACCCACGCUUACAUUUAAGGUAUUGAAGGAGAUUCUCGGUGGGUUUGACCUGGCUGGUUGCACUGUUGGGGACAUCAGGAAUGCCUCACGGGACAUCAAAGCAUAUGCACAAGGAUUUGAUGUACAAAUGGUGUUGGAUGACAUGGCUAGGAAGAAGGAGAUGUCCGAGGCUUUCACCUAUCACUACGAAGUUAACGAAUCUGACCAGUUGGUUGCUCUGUUUUGGUGCGAUGGUGUGAUGAAGAGAAAUUACCACAUGUUUGGUGACAUUGUGUCCUUCGACUCCACGUACAACACAAAUAGGUACUGUAUGAUCUUCACGCCUUUCACUAGAAAGGAUAAUCAUGGUAGUCCUGUGACAUUUGCGGCCGGGUUGGUGUGUAGCGAGAAAACAGGGGCAUUUGCUUGGCUGUUCAGACAUUUUAUACAUUGUAUGGGUGUAGCACCCAGGAUGAUUGUGACAGAUCAAGAUUUGGGUAUGCGAUCAGCUAUUGAAGAGGUCCUAGUCGGCACACGUCACCGUUGGUGUAUGUGGCAUAUAAUGCAUAAAUUGGCAGUCAAGGUACCAAACAGAUUAUUGCGGGAUGACGAUUUCAAAAAGGAGUUUAACGCUUGUGUGUGGUCGGACCUGUUAGAGCCGGACGAAUUCGAGGAGGAGUGGAAUAGAUUGGUCAAACAUCAUCAGCUUGAGGACAUCGACUGGUUCAACACACUGUACGCAUAUAGGAAGUACUGGAUACCGGCGUACUUUAGGGAUUUUCCUAUGGGUUCCAUGAUUCGGACUACGUCCAUAUCUGAAUCAGAGAACAGUUUCUACAAAAAUUUUCUGAAGCCCCGAGCAAACAUAGCCGAAUUCUACCUGAAUUUCAACCACGCCAUUGAAUUCCAGCGGAACAGUAGAACAGCUUUGGACUACCACGAUGCCACUUCCAUACCCAUACUCGCAACUACUCUGCCGUUCGAGAAACAUGGUUCCACUUUGUUUACCGACAGUAUGUUCAGGAAAAUACAAGAAGAAAUUGUGGAAGGUAAUGACAGAUGUCGUGUGCUGAGUUUUAUGUCAGGAGAAACUGUUGACACAUACAAUCUUGGCGAUAGCAAGCGCAAUGCAUAUUCUGUUCGUCAUGACAAGACGGAUGAUUCUUACUCGUGUGAAUGCAAGCUUUUUGGUCGGCAUGGUUAUUUGUGUAGUCAUAUUUUUUUCUUGUUUCGGAACAAUGUGGUGAAAAAAAUCCCGGAUAAAUACUGUGAAAGCCGAUGGAUGAAGACUCCCUUAGCCAAGGCUGUACACGGGGAGUUUCAGGAUCGCUUGCUGACCUACUCAUCCUCUGACAAUAGGCAAACUGUGUCAAAGCAAGCGAUUUCGAUGUUUUAUGGUUUUCUUAGACAGUUUGAGACCGACGUCGAUGCCUUACGUGCAUUUGUUGCUGGCGUCGAAGACCUUGGCAACUCUAUUCAAACUGGUACUUCGGUAACCUCAGUCGCUGAGAAGAGGCGUAUGGUUGAAGAGUUUUACGGCAUGGUAAGGCCUGAAACUGUUGCAGUGCAUCCUCCCGAUGUCGUGAAGACGAAAGGUUACGCCAGCAGCUCGGCUAGCUGUCUGAUUUCAAAGAGAGAGAAGGCUAUAAAGGAUACGACUAGGCCUCCUAGACGGUGUAAGGGUUGCGAUGAGGUGGGUCAUCACGACUCCAGGAACUGUCCUGUGCUUAAAGAGAUGAGGACGGAGAAAGUUGCCCGCAAGGGGAAAAAUCCAGCUUGA